AUGACAGAAACACAUAAGCAAAUCGUCAGUACUCCUACUAUAGCUUCUACCUCUGAUUUGUGUGCUCAUUUAAAUCAAUUUAAAGCGUUAUUAAAUACAUCUCAUGCAAAUCUCCCUCCACCAGCUCAAAACAACAUUAAAUAUACAGUAGACCUAUUAGAUAACCUUUUGACAUCAGUUUUGUUUUACAAAACUAUACUAAUCGCGUUACAUCUUGGAAUUCUUUUUCCGGCCAUGACAUUUAACAGAAAUUCAGAUGAAAUCAACUUUUUCAUAACAUAUAAACGUGAAUUUGGAGAUAAUGAAGUGAUUAUAUUUAAUCGUCCUAAAAAUGGAAAAUUUAAGAUUCCAAUUUCAGUUUUUUCUGAUGCAGAUUAUAAUAAAUUUGUCGGAUUAGUUCAAGGAUUGUUGGAUUUUGAUGAACAAAGGCCACAAAACUCUCUAAAUGCAUAUCUUCAACAAUACAAACCAAAACUACAGAAUAUUACAAGUAAUUUACAGCAGAUUGUAUCAGAAGCUAUAGAAGGAAUCAUGAAAUACAUUUAUUCCUUUGAUUUGACACCUUACAUGGCAAAAUUUCAAUAUAAUCUUCAGAAACUAAGGAAAAUUAUUGCGAUCUUACUGAAUAUGAUCAAGCUCGAAAUACUAUCUGAUAAAGAUCGAAUAAUUAAAGAAAUCUUUAGAUUUUAUAUAAAUUCUCUUUCAUUGUCUUUCGGAAAGACGACAAUAGACAUUUUAACAACAAUAUUGGAGUCAUCAGGUCGUUUGAUUACGUUUUCACAUGCUUUGGAAUCAAAAAAUCUGAUAAUUUCAGAAAUAAUCGAAAUCAUUUCUGAAAUUUCGCAAAUUCUGGCUCCUGUGGCAACAAUUCUGAAUGCUACAUGGACAAUUAAUGAUUUCAUUAGCUUUAAUUCACUGAAAGUUUUACCUUUUAAUUAUAUUUUUCCUCGUUUCCUUCAAACUCCAUUUUUACAGCCUGCAAAGGUCCUCAAAUCUGCAUUCAACUCCGACUCCACUCAAUUCAUUAGAGAAAUUGGCGCAGAACUCGAAUCUUUCGGAAUUCAAAUUUUUUCGACCCCCGAAAAGAUGAUGGCGACAGGAAUUAUCAUUCCAGACGUCAAUAACAUCUUAACAGAAUCCCAUUUAUUGCUUAGAAAUCUCUCUUUUCGUUUCGAAAAUUUGAGAUAUUAUUAUAAUUCAAUUUUAGUGAAUCCAUUUGAUGUAGACCAGAUAAUUGAGCUUAUAAAGAUACUUAAUCUCAUAUCAAUUAACAAUCCUGAUGAGUUUCAAGACGAAAUUUCAAAGUUGACAACUCUCAUGAAUAUUCUCUUCCAAAUACAUCAGAUAUUCAUUUGUCUGGAUGUUUUUGGCAUUUCCAGGUACUACAUCUCAGUAACAAUCACUCAUCUUUGUUUUAUUUCAAAUAAAUUGAAAAAAUCUGACAAAAAUCAGAAGCAAUCGCUUCUUGUAAGGGAAGAUUUGAUUGAAUUCAUGACAAAGAAGGUAAAAUCGAUCUUGGUCGAACUUUUUUCGAAAAAUUCCGCUGAAAAAGUCAAAACAACGGCUGAUAUCAUCAUGGAGCCCCUCAAAAUGCUUCAUCUUUACUUCUCAGACCAAAGGAACACAGAAUGUCUCAGUAUUUGUUGCGAAACAAUUUAUGAUUUAAUUUCCAACAAAAACUCAAUUGAUAAUCUUGACAUCCUUCUGAAACAUGAUAUAUCAGAUGAUUACAAGUCAAUUAUUGAGGAUUUGCAAGUAAUUUUGGCAAAUUCGAAAAAUGUUGACUCAAUUUCCGAAAUUUUGAAGUAUUUAUCUGAAGUUUCGUCAGAUUUAGCGAAUGUAGAUCCGAGUAUUGUUAUCACUCAGCCAAAGAAUCAAUCUACUUCGGAUUUACCUCUGAAAAUCGUUGAAUUUCAGAUGAUUUACGAAACAAUGAAAGCCAAACGUCUCUUACUAGUCUACGAUGAUGAUCUCUUCACCGCAGAUGACUUCGCCGACCGAUUUGUCCACUUCUUCAAAGAAAUCAAAGUUGAAAAAAUUUCGAAAAUUUUGAAGAAAAUUUUGAAUGUUGUAAAGGAAAUUGAACCAUUAUAUAAGUUGACGAAAACAAUCCUUGUAGGAGAUCUAACACGAGAGAACAUUUUCCAUUAUCUUUCAUUGCUUUUUAGAAGUGAAAUUCAGAUUUCUAAUGAAGAUCAAAGUAUUUUUGUUGAAGAGUUCGAGAAACUGUACACGAUCACCAAUUUUGCCUAUGUUCAUGACGAAAUCAUGGAUUUAAUCAUGAAAGAAAAGCAAAAUAAUCUUCAUUUGUUAUUGUCAUUGAACCAAGAGCUGAUCAUUGAUUACUUCUCAUCACACCUGAUGUUGCUUCAUUCCGCAGGCUUCUUUGAUGAAAAAUCCGGAAAUUUAAUUUUCAAUAAGAUUAUUGAAGCCAAAACUGCUACAAACAGGGACGAAACAAUCCAGUUAAUGCAUGCUUUUGAUCAUGUCCUAUCUUCUGAAGGCUGGAGAGUAAAUUCAAUUUUAUCUCGUGCUUUAAAUGUAAUUCACGCAGUUUUGAACGUAAAUGAUGAUGAUUAUAUAAAGCUGAAUGAAUUAUUUGCACAAUUUAAGACCCCAGAAGAUCUUGAAACCGUAAAUAAAAUAUUUGACGAAAUUAAAUCGUCAAAUCUCGCAGAAGAGCAGAAGGAAUAUGUUCUAAGCAGUAUGAAACUGAUAAAGAGUUACUCAAUGCUUGUAACAUUGAGAAAACAUCUUGAAAUUGAAAAUAAUUCAAUACAUCUCAAAAAUAAAAUCGAUGAGAGUCUAAUUGAUGAUGUUAUAUCUCCAUCUAUAUCAGUUUCCAAGCUAAAUAUGCCAAAACCUCAAUUAAAAGUCCCAAUUUCAAAAUUAAAUUUCUCCCAACAGUCAACAAUUGCUUCCAUAUAUGAGAAACUCAAAGAAGAAAGAAGUUCUAUGCUUAAGGAUGUUGUCAAACUCAUCAAAGUUCAAAAUGAUGCUCAAUCAAAAGAUAAAUUAUUAAAUGAACUGAAAGAGAAGCGCAAAAAACUUUCCGAAGAAGUACUUAACAUAUACAAUGAUCUGGAACGUCAGAAACUAUCAAAGAUAGGAUUUUCUAUGACAAAUAAUGAAAAUCCUGAUAUGAAGAAUCAAAUUGAGAAUGCGAAGUCAAUUAAUUUGCAAAAUGAAUUGGAUAAAAGGUCAGAAUUACUUUCCCUUCAAGCAAGCAUCAUUUUCAGAGAUAAUAUGUUUUUGAAAUCUUCCGUUUUGCAGAAAAUUGAGAAAACCGAUAAUAAUACGUUUCUCGACUCAUUUUAUAAGAACAAGAAAGACAAAUUUGAUGGAAAUCUUUCAAAUAAAGAAUUUGGUGCUUUACUUGAAGUUGUUAAUAACGACGAUGAGUAUGAAGCAUUGCGUAAGGCUUUGAUAAGAAAAAGAUUGAUUCGAAACUAA